AUGGCCAGCGAAGCGCAGUCUCCUUCAGUGGCGGCGGCAGCAGAGACUGCCAGCGACCUCAACCACUUGCUGCGGCCUCUGCACUGGACGGCCGUCAUGCCACACCCACGCGGCAGCACCACAUCACUUAUCUGCUACCGACUCUACACCGUCGGCGUGUUAGCCUUGAACUUGUCGUUCUUCGUCUCCACGGUCAUCGUGUUGUACAGCGAGGGCACAGCAGACCUGGACGUUUUCACGCUGACGCUCAGCGUCGCAGACACAAACGGCACCUGGCUCUUCCGCAUGGCGCACACCUUCGUGUGCGAGCGUGCCUUCCAUAAGCUCUCACAUCAGGUGGGUGAUGACUUCGCUGAGUUCCUGACUUGGGACGACAUUCCGAUGCUACGCGCGCAGUGUCGCGUUAUGCGUCGAUUCACGCUGACCUACAUCUGGUUCGGCAUUAUUGCCUGCACCUAUUACCUCGUCUCGCCCGUCAGCGCUGAGGGCCUGCCCUUCAUACUCGCUCUGCCCAUUGAUGCGAUGCAGCCGGUAGGCUUUGCCGUCACGUGGCUCUACUGCACCGUGGUGACCCUCCACGCUGUGGUCAUGACCAUGGUGCUCGACUCCUUCAAUGUCAGCCUCAUCUCGCAGCUACGUGUACAGCUCACACUGCUCAACAAGAAAAUUGUCAGUCUCGCCAGAGAGAUGUCCGAGAGAACAGAUAACUCUUCAGAAACGACCGACCACGCUGAACUUCAUUAUCGACUGGAGAAGUGUAUCCAACACCAUCAAGCAAUUAUCAAGUAA